ACAGCGUCGGCUCACUCCUCCCUAUCUUUCUCGAUUAGAUCGCAGCAUUCGUGUUUGUUUCACCGUACGGUACUCACCCGCACACAUUAUUGCAGAAACCAUAGCCUGCAAACCCGGCAGCAGCUUCUCUGCUCCGCCCGCUGAUUCAUCGCAGGAUAUAAGGCAAUAGAUGGCACCGAUUCUGAGCUCGGAAUCAGCGGUGACCGUCGACGUGCACGCCGCGAAAGGCUUCGUGGACUCCGGCCACAAGUACUUGGACGUCAGGACGGCUGAGGAAUUCAAGAAGGGGCAUCCAUGGAACGCCCUAAACGUUCCUUAUGUGUUCUUCACCCCACAAGGGAGGGAGAAGAACCCUGAGUUUUUGGGACAAGUGUCCUCGAUCUGCGACAAGGAUGAUCACAUAGUCGUGGGAUGUCAAAGUGGAGUGCGAUCUCUGCAAGCUACAGAGGAACUUAUCAAAGCUGGUUUCAAGCAUGUAAAGAAUAUGGGAGGGGGUUAUGUUGCCUGGUUGGAGAAUGGGUUCCUCGUGAAGGCUCUUCAAGAAGAGUUGUAGUUGCUCUGUCAAUUUAAACAUUCUCUGUAUGUAAGUGAUGUGAUCUGAAAAAUGGUGUUGUAUUAUAAAUCACAAUACGUUAAAAUGUAGUAACGAAACCAAUAACUAUGAGUUGGAUGAGAUUGUUCUUUUGUGAA